AUGGAUAAGAAAAAAAAUGUUGAUAAUGUUGUUCUUGAAUGGAAAUCUUUGAAAGUUAGGUUGAAAAACCUUAAAGAAGUGAAGAUUGUUCGGAAGGGUAAUGUAUCUUGUGGAUCAGGAAAAGGGAAUGUCAAUAUUGUUUCUAAAGAAGAUAUUGAUCUUAAUCCAAUCUUAUCUGAACAAGAAUUAAAGGAACAAGAAAAUCAUGAUAAGGAGCUUGAUGCUUUAGAUGCUUUAAAAGCAAAAUCUAAAGCUAGGGAAGCUGAAGAGAAAAAUGUUGAACAAAAUCUUGCUUCUAAGAAGGUUAUGUUUCUAGAUUGGGCAGUUGAUCGUAUUCAAAACAAAGCUAUCGAUAAUCUAAAAUUGUUUUGGUGA